UUUUAUUGCCACCCGGAUGUUUUACAAAUUACACACUCUCAAUGAUUUUCCUCACUCCUCGUUUUGGGUGAACACUUCUCUCUAUUUUACCAAUCCUCCCUCGCGACAGUGCCUACUCCCUUUGAUCUUUGCCGACCCCUCUCCCAUUUGUCGGACCCCUCCUCUUCCACGACAGUGUCCACUCCUCUUUGAUCUUUGCCGCGGCAUGCUCUCUCCCUUUUGGUUUUGUCGGACCCCUCCACCACUUGACGGGGAUUAG